UUUCUAGUUUUAUUGGAUUUAUUAUUUUGUUGGAAACAUUAGCUUUAAUAGUACUUUAAUUUUACACACAAUGAAACAGAGGUAUCAAUUAAUUUGUUAUAUGCUUAUUAUAGCAUCAUUUACAUCACUUACAAAUCAAAUUAAUACACUGUUUGUCACAAUAUGGAGUGACACUAAUUUUUAUACCCAUUAUCCCCACGCCAUUGGCUUUAACUGUCGAUACAAUCACGACGCCGAUGAUACUGUCCAGAGUGUUGUUGUCUUAUUUAAAGGCAAACCAAUAAUAACUGUUAAACGCAAUGGAGAUGCAUUGGAUUAUAAAUAUGAUGCUAGUAUUGGUCCGUUUGUAAAUGAAUUGGUAGAUAAUAGAAGAACACGUCUCGAUAUAAAUAAUGGAAUUUUGACAUUUGCCGUACGGAUUGACAAUAGUAAAGCUUUUGGUGACUACCAGUGCUCAGUUGACUACUUCUCUGGUGAUGAGAAAAAAGUCAAAACUACUAAAUCCAUAGCAAAAGUGUCGGUUAAUCGGCGCGAAAGUGACAACGCUUUUGUCGUUAACAAUAUCGACAAAAUAUUUGAAGAUAGAGACGAUAAACAUGUGGAUACUCUUAAUGUUAUUUAUGAAUAAUGUAUUAAAUAAUAUAAAUUUAUUAUAUAUUCA